AUGGUUGGAGUCUCGACUGCAUCGAUAUCAGCCAUGGGAAGUAAGGAGCACCAGCUGGUUGGUGAGGCGCGCAUCCGCGCACCUCAGCCGCUGCAACUGCCCCUGCUGACGCUCGGGUUGCUCGGAGCACAAACCGUAUGGUCGAUUGACAUGGCAUUUGCACCUCCUUACUUGCUCGACCUGGGUCUGUCAAAAUCAGCGAUGGCAGCGGUGUUUGUGGCGGGUCCGCUCUCAGGACUGAUCGUUCAACCUCUGAUCGGCAGCCUGGCCGACAACAGCACAUCAAAGUAUGGACGACGUCGACCUUUUCUCGCGACUGCCACCAUCAUCUGUGCUAUCAGCAUUCUCUUUCUGGGUUUCGCAAGCGAAGUUGCAGCUUGCUUUGCUGUCCCAGGUGGCAAUACACACCAAAACCUCGCCAUCUUUAUCGGCGUCGUGUCCGUAUAUCUGGUCGACUUUUCCGUGAAUGCCGUCACGGCGCUCGACCGCGCUCUGAUGGUUGAUAUAGCAGAAACAGAGCAUCAGGCUGAAGCUAACGCGUGGGCCGCUCGUCUGACGGGUGUUGGCUCGGUGUUGAGCUUUCUCAUCGGCAACCUCGACUUGCCCAAGCUCGCGCCUGGUUUUCUUGGUACAACGCAGAUCCAGAUCAUCUCGGUGCUUGUCAGUGUCAUCCUCAUAGCCACGCAUGCAGUUGUGGUUCUUUGCGUGGAAGAACAGGUCCUCGCACAGACUCGCUCUUAUGGCUCGAGAAAGGCCAAAGGCUUUGGACUCACAGCGAUCAUGCACGACCUCUAUAUCCAAGCAAGAGGGCUUCCGCCACCCAUCAUCGAGAUCUUCAAGGUGCAAUUCUUUGCGCAGAUCGGCUGGUUCCCGAUCCUAUUUUACAGCACCGUAUGGGUUGGGGAGAUCUACAAAGCCGACGUGCGGCUCAAUGGCGGAAAGCAAAGCGAUCAUGAACUAUUCGAGCAAGCGACUCGCGCUGGCAGUCGCGCGUUCUUCUGGCAUGCAGUCCUGUCGCUGCUCACUUCAAUAGUGUUACCACUUGCGGUGCCAAACCCUGUGCACGAGUCUUCUGCUCGCCCGGUCUGGUUUGCAAACUCUAGCAUGUUGCGCAAGCUUGGAAAAGUGCGCGAGCGAUGCCCCAAGCUGUCAUUCUGGUGGCCUUUCGCCAACUUUGUGUUUUUCAUCUCCAUGAUGGGAACCUACUUUGCCGGUCUCACCAAAAGUGUCUUUCUGGCCACAUGGGUCGUCACGUCGGUGGGCUUCUGCUUUGCGAUCGCCAACUGGAUUCCGAUUGCCCUGCUGGGCAUUCUGAUUCACACGCAGCAUGUGCAGACGAAUCCUGACUCGGCGCAUCUUGUUGUAGGGGGCCGCACUUUGCCGUCGAAUGCGGCAGCCAACGCGGAUCGUGAAGGGGACGAAGUAGCCAUGGCGCUGCUUGGCGACCGUACCCAUGAUGACGAAUGGCGGCGCGGGUCGAUGGCCAGAAUGUCGUUGUACGACGCAUCCUUGGAUCAGCGUUCACAGCCUCAAUCGCGUGUUUGUGAUGACACCGACUCGGAUGACGAAGAUCAGCUUCCACGCGCCUUGUCGUUUGGAGCAUCGAGCUUGUACGAGGAAGCGCACGCUCGCGAUGCAAAUGCGGAGGCAGACGAUGUGGAAAGAGGGAGAGAUUCCGACAAAGGUGCCAACAGCACACUAUCGCACGCGGGUACCGUUCUGGGCCUGCAUAAUGUCGCCAUCGUAGUGCCGCAAUUCCUCGUCACGGCGGCAUCCGCGCUGAUCUUCGCCAUCAUGGAGCCAAGCCCCAAACAGAAGGACCAAGAGGGCGAUGUAGGUGUAGGCAACUCGACAGAAUCGGGGAAGAGCAGCGACGCUUUGGGUUUCAUUUUCAGACUGGGCGGCUGCUGCGCUCUGGUCGCAGGCAUUCUAGCAGUUCGGCUGGUACGUCGACAUGGUCACGAACUUCGAGGCUAUUGA